AUGCCAUGCGGCCCGAUAGUGCCCCACUGGAGCUGGGACUACAACACCCGUCAUGCCCCGCGCUCCACAGAGCCCACCCCGGACCUCAAGUCGCGGCUCGGGCCCUCAAGUGUCACCCCAAGUGCCUUCCUGAACCCCCAAACGCCGCGGUCCAGCCACUUCCGGGACUACAGCUCCCAUCAUGCUCCGCGGCGCAGCGUCUUCGCAGCAACGCGGCUCUCGGACGGCGCCCCGGUGGCCAUCAAAAGGGUGCCACGGAACCGCAUCUGGCAUUGGAGUGAGCUGCCCCGGCACGGCAUCGGCCCCACUGACGGCAUCGUGCUCCUCCUGCAGCCCGACGGCACCAGCGCUCCCCUGGAGGUUGUGCUGCAGGACAAGGUGUCCACAGGCUUUCCCGGUGUCAUCCAGCUGCUGGAGUGGCUUGAGCUGCCCAGCGACAUUGUGAUGGUGCUGGAGCGGCCAGAGCAGUCUCAGGACCUCCUGCAUUUCAUUCGGGCACGGGGCUUCCUGUCUGAGGAGGUGGCGCGGCAGCUGUUCCGCCAGGUGCUGGAGGCCGUGCGGCACUGCACCAGCUGCGGGGUCCUGCACCGCGAUAUCAAACCAGAGAACAUCCUGGUUGACCUGGCCACCGGGCAGGCCAAAUUGAUUGACUUUGGCUGUGGCACCUACCUGCAAGAGACAGCCUACACUCACUUUGCAGGAACACCAUCAUACAGCCCCCCGGAAUGGACCCGCUUUGGCUGGUACCAUGGCGAGCCAGCUACCAUCUGGUCCCUGGGCAUCCUGCUGCACGAGAUGGUGUGUGGGAAGAUGCCUUUCAGGAGGGGCUGGAACUUCAGCUGGGGCCAGCUCUCACUGCCACAACAGCUCUCUCCAGAGUGCCAAAAUCUGAUUGGGUGGUGUUUAUCCAUGCACCCCUUGGCCAGACCCUCAUUAGAAGAGGUGUUCUGUCAUCCU